CACGUCAUACACAAAUUCGUAACACCAAGAACAACGAUUUAUCACAUCUAACAAAGAUGACUAUAGUAUCAAAAUCACAAUUAAAGUCGGGAGACGGACGAUCGUCGCCAUCGCCGAUUUCGAAUCGUGAGAAAAUACAGCAGCGUCAAGCAGAGGGAACUGCAGAGCCAACCAUGAUCGUACCGAAGAAGGGAGACCAGGACCCCGAGAAACCUGUGCAUACGCAAGGCGGUGUGGCAGAGAAAAAUCUCAGGUCAACCGCCUCGAGAACCGCUGCGGCCUCACCAGAAAUCGCUGCAUAUCGUACCCCGCAGGAUGACUUUGGCAGGGAAGAUGACGAGUACAUCAGCGGAUAUAAGCUCUUCGCCGCCCUCUUUGGCAUCGUAUCUGUCUUCUUCAUCGUUCUUUUGGAUUUCAGCAUCAUCUCUACGGCUAUCCCGUACAUUACGAGUGAUUUUCACAGGCUACAAGACGUCGGAUGGUACGGAGGUGCUUAUCAGCUUUCGAGCGCCGCUUUGCAACCUCUUACUGGAAAACUCUACACCUACCUCAGCGCGAAGCGGACGUUCCUAUUAUUCGUUGCCAUUUUCGAGAUUGGCUCCUUGCUUUGCGCUGUCUCGACCUCGUCGACGUUCUUUAUUCUCGGUCGUACCGUCGCCGGGCUGGGAACUGCGGGCCUGGAGAAUGGCGCCUUGACUCUUAUCGCAGGAGCAGUACCUUUACACAAACGGCCUUUGUAUACUGGCAUAGUAUUUGCAAUCGGUCAGAUCGGUAUAGUCGUCGGACCGCUGAUUGGUGGCGCCUUGACGCAAUACUUGACCUGGCGAUGGUGCUUCUACAUCAAUCUCCCCAUCGGCGCGCUCUCCGGCCUGUUUCUGUUCUUCACGCACAUCCCAGACGAGACGCUCAAGCCACCCUUCUCGUUCGCCCUGCUCCGUAGCAUCAUUCCAAAUCUCGAUCUAACAGGCUGCGCGCUGUUCGCGCCGGCCACCGUCAUGUUCCUCCUCGCGCUGCAGUGGGGAUCGGAUGACUACGGGUGGAGCUCGCCCACCGUCCUCGGCUUAUUCGCCGGCUCUGGCGCGACCGCAGUUUUGUUCUCCCUCUGGGAAUGGCGUGUAGGCGAUCAGGCCCUCAUACCCUUUCAUCUGGUAAAGAGACGGAUCGUGUGGACGAGCACCAUCCAGAACUCGUUUUUGUUCAUCACCAAUUUCGUCGGGGCCAACUACGUCCCCAUCUACUUCCAGGCUGUCAAGGGCGUUGGUCCUUCGCUGAGCGGAGUUUACACGCUGCCAUCCAUCCUGACGCAGUUGCUCUCCAUAGUCAUCUCUGGCGCUCUUGUGGGAAGGCUCGGUUACUAUCUCCCAUUCGGUGUUCUUGGAGGAGCGAUAACUGCCGUUGCCUGCGGUCUGAUAUCGACCUGGAAUCCGAAUACUUCAACAGCAGAAUGGAUCGGAUACCAAAUACUAUUCGGUUUACGGGGGAUGGGACUACAAACAGCUGUAAUCUCGGUGCAACACGCAGUCACGCCGGCCCAGAACCCGGUCGCAAUAGCCUUCCUAGUAUUCGUGCAGAACCUACUGGCGGCCAUCUUUAAUAUUGUGGGCAACACCAUCUUCACGCAGACCCUAUCGCGGGAGAUCUCGGUCCUGGCACCGUCGGUGAGCCUAGAGGCGGCGCUCGCGGCAGGCGGAAGCGCGGAAGCGGUGCGGGUCCUGCUGCCCCCCGGGAGCCCGGAGCUUGAAGGUCUGCUGCUGGCAUACUCAAAGAGCGUCAAUGCGGUCUUCUACCUGUUGGUAGCGGUCGCCGUCGUGUGUUUCGCUGCGGCUUGGGGGAUGGGCUGGGUGGAUAUUCGGAAGAAGGCAUCGGAGGAAAAUGAGGAAUGAGAUGACCCGUGCAGAGAUAUCCUUGUGCAUCUUAGGGAAGAGAAAAGGUCGUAGAUAUCGGCAUUUCGAUGCAAGACUCGCAUGCAGGAUAUUGCGUGUAUAUCAUAAUUCACGAGAAACCGCACAUAAAAAGAUUACAAUGU